AUGGCUGCCCCCAUAAGACGACCUGCUACAUCGAUUUCGGUGGCCCAGCGGGACGCGGACAAUCGAGUGGCGGUGCUCGGCGGAUUUCAGAGGCCCGGCGGGACGCGGACAAUUGAGUGGCGGUGCUCGGCGGCUUCGGAGGCCCGGCGGGACGCGGACAUUCGAGCGGCGGUGCUCGGCGGAUUUCGGAGGCCCGGCGGGACGCGGACAUUCGAGUGGCGGUGCUCGGCGGACUUCGAAGGCCCGGCGGGACGCGGACAUUCAAGUGGCGGUGCUCGGCGGACUUCGGAGGCCCGGCGGGACGCGGACAUUCGAGUGGCGGUGCUCGGCGGACUUCGAAGGCCCGGCGGGACGCGGACAUUCGAGCGGCGGUGCUCGGCGGAUUUCGGAGGCCCGGCGGGACGCGGACAUUCGAGUGGCGGUGCUCGGCGGACUUCGAAGGCCCAGCGGGACGCGGACAUUCAAGUGGCGGUGCUCGGCGGACUUCGGAGGCCCGGCGGGACGCGGACAUUCGAGUGGCGGUGCUCGGCGGACUUCGAAGGCCCAGCGGGACGCGGACAUUCAAGUGGCGGUGCUCGGCGGACUUCGGAGGCCCAGCGGGACGCGGACAAUCGAGUGGCGGUGCUCGGCGGAUUUCGGAGGCCCAGCGGGACGCGGACAAUCGAGUGGCGGUGCUCGGCGGAUUUCGGAGGCCCAGCGGGACGCGGACAAUCGAGUGGCGGUGCUCGGCGGAUUUCGGAGGCCCUGCGGGACGCGGACAUUUGAGUGGCGGUGCUCGGAGUGACGUGGACACUUGAGUUUUGGUCCCUGCAGACUCGCCGCUAAGCUUAGAAGAGAAAGGUGGUUGUUUACAUUUUGCACGCAUUUUUAUAGGCUAACAUUACGAACACUGAACUGAGUUAUGUGAUUAAAUGAGUGUAGACUGAUUUACUAUAUCAUUUAAGGUGAUUUUGACAUUAUUUUUUUCAUAUUCCAUGGUUUGCAUUUAUUUUUUUGUUUUGUUUUUAUGUUUUGUUUUGAUGAUUGGAGUAAAUUUGUUAUAAAUUUGAAUGCAUUUCUAUGUAUUUUAUUUUAUUUAAUUAUUUAUUUUUUGUUAAAGUUGUUGAUUCUGACUGUUGUUAGUAAUAAGUGAUCUUUGCUGCUUUGAAUUUGUAAUUGUUUAAUGAGCAAGUGGAGUUCAGCGGGGGAGAAUGUAACAGGGUUAUAUUGUAUCUCUCCACUUGCAUACAUUAAAAUACUAAUGAGAAGGAAGGGGUUAACAUUUAUUCAUUGUUUUAUAUGUAGAGCGCCCCCUCUGUUACCUAAAAAAGAAAGGAAAUUCAUUGUGGUAUGAAGGAGGAAGCCAUUGCACGAGGCUGGUAGAUUAGAUCUGCGCUCAUUUUUCUGUUCUAACUGUUUCCACAAUAAUAAAAUCGAUAAAAGAUA